AUGUUUCCGAAUAACGCUGGCUUAUGCCGGAUUGUGUUGUUCGCCAACUUGGUGCUCGAAAAUCCAGAAGGCCGUUUGAACGCCUUGGGGGCCACCUACAGCUACAGGACCUCCAAACACGCGGAAGACAGCAGAAUGCACUUACCAGAAAGCAAUGGCUGUUGCACGUCUACGUCUUCUGAGCUGACUGCACUGGUGUCAAGGCCGCAACGGCUGAGAAAUAACAGGCUGAGCAGACUUAGGGAGCAGACUAAUAACAAAAGACGGGUGAUCUUCUGGGCAGUUUGGUACAUUCUCCCUGUCAUCCUAUGCUCCACUGAGAAAAUUAAUGCAGGUGUGUUACUUAUGUAUCAAAUCAUAUCUUCAAAGUGUCUCAAGUUCGGACGUUUUCUCAAACCGUUAUGUCAGGCCUCAACACCCUCAUCAAAAUUAGUGGAAUGGAUAAUUGAAGUGUACCAUCAAUCAGUAUGACAUCUAUCUUCGUAACAAAUGCGAAAGACAGUCAAAGAGACUUUCUAUUCAAGGUCGACGUCUAGGUAAAAACC